AUGUUGCUAAGGCGAUUGAUAUCGACUUCGAUUCAAAAUUUUCGCCAUGUAUCGUAUGUACAGGGCCAAUCGCCAGCACCAAAAAUACGUGAAUACUUCUACUACAUUGAUCACGAAGGAAUGCUGUUUUUAGAUGAUGCAAGGAUAAAAAAUUUCACUUCCUGCUUCAAAGAAAAACAAUUUUUGGAGUUCUUUUUCAAACGAUUGAAGCUCAAUGAUACGGAUCGGUAUCAGGACGAGUUUCCGUUUCUGUCCAUUUGUGGCCGGGAAAGGAACUUUAUUCGUUGCGAUGAUCUGCCGAUUGUUUUUACUCAUAUCAUUCAAGCGGGUGAUACCGAUGAUAGGAUAGCUUAUGCUCAUGCCAGUGAUAAAAUGAGUGUUCCGUGGCAGCCUGGUCGUAUCUGCAUGUUUCCGGACACUGGAAGAGUGUACCAUCCGGCACCGGAGCGGUACGGUUCCAUUGGAUUAAUCCGCUCAAAGCUGGCCAUUGAGUUGAGUUCUUCAUUUACAUUUCAAAAUGGUGAAGAUCGGCCACCGACACACUUUCGGUGGAAGUCGAAACAUUACGAGCUAGAUCAACAUUGGUGGAGGGAUACGUACAUAGGAAAUAGAUCUCCGCCACAACAAGAUCGCUAG